AUGGCGUCCACCGAGGAGAAACUCGUCUGCUCCAACUGCCACAACGCCAGCGAGGAUCCGCUGAAGGUGAAAUGUGAACACAACUUCUGCUGGGUCUGCAUUGACUGCGUGGUGGACACCCAGAAAGGCUCCGGAGGGUUCAAGUGCCUGGAGUGCCAGGGGGAGAGUCAUCAGCACCCAUUAAUGCAAAGGGCUGUGAGCCUCCUGAGCAGGUCGGAGUUCCUCCAGAGUUCUCCCACCGAGCGGAGCGGGAUCUUCUGCACUUACUGCGUCACCAGUCAGGUCCCGGCGGUGAAGUCUUGCCUGAUGUGCGAAGCGUCUCUGUGUGACGUCCACUUACAAGUCCACAGCAAGUCAGCCGAACACGUCCUUCUUGAGCCCACCACUCACCUAGCCAACCGGAAAUGCUCCACCCACAAGAAGAUCCUGGAGUAUUACUGCACAGAGGACGAAACUUGUAUCUGCGUGUCCUGCCUGCUGUUCGGGCCCCACCAGGGGCACCGCGUGGAAACCCUGGACAUGGUCUCCGACAAGAAGAAGGAGCGCCUGAGAUAUUCUCUGAAAAGCUUGACCUCCAAGAGGGAGGAGACGGAGAAAAGAGUGAAGAGCGGGCAGGAGCGCAAGAAAGAGUCCCAGGAGAAAGCGGCCUCCAUGACGGACAGGGUCAGCUCCCUCUUCAGAGACAUCCGCAGACAGCUGGACACCCUAGAGAAGAGAGUCCAUGCCGAGAUUUCCAGGCAGGAGGAUCAGGUGUCUCUCUCCGUCUCCAGUCUGGUCCAACAGAUGGAAGUGAAGAACCAGGAGCUGUCCAGGAAGAUCCAACACCUGGAAGAGCUGUGUGACAUGGCGGACUCCUUCAUGGUCAUCCAAGAAGAGGAAUCGGAAAGCGAGGCCUUCCAGAACUCGGAGGAAGGAGAGAAUGACAGCAGAGAGAGAUAUUAUAAAGAGAUCUGGAAGAGAGGCCUAGAUGAGGGCUUGAUCUCGGUCAGCGUACACACGGGCCUGUCCGGUAUAGUCAGCAACGUCAGGAAGAGGCUCAAUCUACAAGGGGCCACCGACAUAUUACUGGACAUGAACAGUGCCGGGAACGACGUCCACGUUUCCGGGGACCUGAAAACUGCCACCUGGUCACACAUCAACCAGGACCGCGCCGAUCUGGCGGGGAGGUUCCAGUACGAUCAAGUCCUGAGCACCAAAAACUUCUCCUCCGGGCGACAUUACUGGGAGGUGGAGACCAGCGAUUCUGGGGUGUGGUUCUUAGGGGUGAGUUACCCUACUAUCAACAGGAAGGGGCGCCAGUCAUGGAUCGGGGACAAUGACAAGUCUUGGUGUCUGCGCAGGUACGAUAACGUCCAAUAUUCCGUCAUACACGACGGGAAGUGGAUCCAGUUACCCCACACUGUCUCCUGCCAGUUGCUGGGGAUCUACAUGGAUUAUGAGGCCGGGCAACUGUCCUUCUACGAGCUCUGCGACCCGAUCCGACACCUCCACACCUUCUCCGCCACCUUCAUCGAGCCCCUCCAUGCUGCAUUCAGUGUCUACAAGUCCUGGGUACGGAUCAGAAGCUAG